AUGAAUUACUCGGUUAUAAGCGAUAAAUCACGGCUAAUGAAUCCCAUGACAUAUUCUACAUUUAAAGACAUUCCAAAUGAUUCUGUUGUUAACUUGCUAGCUCAACAUUCAAGCAAUCAUUUGAAUUAUUCUAAUAAUGAUUCACUCUACCAAGAUAACUAUGUCUUUGACGAUUUAUAUCCAAGAAAAUCCCCUUCUUCCUCUCCUCCUCAGGGGCAACCCAUGUAUUUCAAUGGCAGAUUAAGAGCAUCAUCAUCUUAUUCUUCGUUUCAAAAUAAUGACUUAUUCCAACAACAACAACAACAAAAGGAUGAUAGUCAUAGUUUUGAUGAAGAAUACAUAAACCAAGCCAAUAUGCAAGCCAUUAUGGAAAAAAGACGCAGACGAAGAGAAUCGCAUAAUGCAGUUGAAAGAAGACGAAGGGAUAAUAUUAAUGAAAGAAUACAAGAACUUGGAACACUUUUACCUGACUCAGCAGAAGAAAACAAGAUGAACAAAGGCACAAUACUACGCAAAAGUGUAGAACAAAUAAGGAAAUUGCAACAUGAUGUAUAUCAACAUAAGCAAAGAAUACAUGAAUUAGAACUCUUACUGCAGCAAUUAAGACGGCCAUUGUAA